UCAAAUUUGAUUUAAAAAGGGGGUUAAGAAUAUCUUUUACAUUUAAUUUAAAUAUCAUUAUUUUUACACAAAAUCGUUCACAAACAUUGGUAAGUCGAUUAAUUGUGAGGCAAAAUACAAUGUUGGUAAUUCUCUUAAUUGUAUUUCUUGUUUCGAGUGUAUGCGCACAGUGUUCUAAAUAUUCAGGACCUAGUGGAACUAUAGAGUGUAUACAACUAUCUAGGUACAACAGCGAAUACCAAUGGGGAACUUGUUUGACAGAUACAUACAUCAAAGCUAAAUCUGGAGCAGAACACCAGUGCAUAGAUCGAACUGCCACCUACUGCCAUUACCAAUGCAUGCUCGAACUGUACGAUGUUGGUUCUGGUCCAGUUGAAGGUUGUUGUAAAUGUCAACAAGGACAGGAAUACACGUCAACAGAUCUAACUCUUCCUUCGUCGUGUUAUAGUCCUUCUGGAACAGACUGUGGGUGGUAUGAAAAUUGUCUUGAAAAGAAAUACAAAUGUAAAGGGACAGAAGAUGACUAUGCACUUGAAUUUGCUACCAAAUUUUGUAACCUCUACAAUGAACAUUUCAGUUCUUUCUCGUCUGGAGGACAGAUAUGGGUUAACUCUGUUCGCAAAUGCCUACAAGUGUCUCUUGUUCCGAUAUUACGACCAUGGUGUUCAAAGUCGUGCAAGGAAAUUAAACAAAUUGCCUUCGAUUCGCAUACCCCGUGUUAUGUACGACCAAACAGACAAGAUCUAUCUAUUUCCUUUUGCAAUCUAAGCUUAAAAGAUCGCGCAAGUGUAUUUUGGACAAUAAAAUCCAGUCUUGUAAUGAAAGGAGCAGUUAUUGAAACACUAAAUGGAGUUAUGAUGACUAUGAAAGAAUGUACCGUACAAUCAUUAGACAGCUUACUAACUGAUGUCAACAGCUUGUUAACAGAUGUUAAAGCCUUUACAAUCGAAAUUUUCACAAAAAUACAAAGUUUAUUACGUCGGCGUCGACGUGCGUUGUCCGAUUUCACAGAUGCACUAACAUUGGCAAAUAGAAUUGCAGAUAGUAUUGCUAAUAAACUUCGUUGGAGUGAACAGGGAAUUCUUUGGUUUUCGAGUGUCGAUUCUAACAUUAGUUUGCCUUUGUCGAACGAACUACUUAUGCUCGUACACCUUGCAGACAAGAAGACCUACGAUUUGAAUACAAAUUAUACCGAGUCUGCAGAUAUCCAUUUGAUAGUUCGCGAAUUUCAGAAUAAACUUGAAAAAGGCGAAUUGAAGGCAAAUUUAGAGGAUUAUUUAUUCCAACCUAUCACUGCAAAAGGUUGUCUGGAUGCCCAAUGCAACAUCACGCUAUUUGACGUCAAUGCCUCCUUGGACAACUCUUAAUCUGGUUUAAAAAGCUACGUUAUCGUUGGGAUUUGUACAAUGGCGUUGUUUGUAGUACUUUCAUGAGGAUUUGCCGUCUUCUUCUGGAAAAGGAACUGAAAUUCAAAACAAUGAACAAAAAAACAAAGUGAGCAGUUGCAUAUAAAUGUUAUGCGAUUAAUAUACUAGUACCAGUAUGAUGUAAAUGUGGUCAAACGAUUAGACAAAAGCUUCCUCUUUACUUGUAGUAUAUAUCCUUCAGAAUACAUUUUGAAAAAUGUUUAUUUUCAAUUAAAUCUGCUUAGAUAAUAAUAUAUUUUGAACUUUAUGAGGUUUAAUUUCUGUAGUAUUUUAUAGGAGUAGAUCAAGAACAUUAAUUUGUUGAGGCGAUGAUCUUUUUAGCUGGUUUUGUUUUGUAAAAAAAAAUUUAAGUGUUGCUCAGUUACUAAUGCAUGUAACUAUUUAGGGAGUUGAGAAAUUUCAUUCGUUCCAAAUCAAAACUUAAAAAGUUCUAGAAGGUGUAAUAAUGUUAAAUAAACGCAUUAUAGAUGGAUUAGAUUUGUUUAUGCCAGACUCUAGUUUCGUUUACAAAGACCCGUUUGCGACGCUCGAAACAAACAUUCUAAUAGGUCAAAUAAAAUACGAAGUUGAAGAUCUUAAAGGACAAAAAAAAUAUUUUGUCACACUACUACAAUAUAAAAUACUGUUUGAUACUAUCUAGACUUACAACAUAUUUCAAUGUCUGGACUAACUGUGUUUUCUAUUCAUAUUUGAACAUUUCAAAAUUACUGAGAAACCCCGACUUGUUAAUUGUAAUGUUAACGAAACGUUUUCUUUAUUGAUACAGUUUAACAGAAUAUUACUAUUUGAUUUGUAAUAUCUUUACAUCGUUUUAGUUAUUAGAUAAUCAAACGCCAGAACGAUUCCUAUUGGAAGCAGCGAAUAGCAAAAACAGUGUUUAAUAUCAAACAGCGAUAUAUCAAAAAUUCAGAAAAUACGAAUUUUUAAAACUUCUUGUUCAAAUAUAGGCAACAAUUAAGUCUAAAUAUACAUUCAGAAGUUAGUUAAAAGCAAAAGUUUAUGUCCGCGUAUAAAAUUUGAAGUGCUGUGUUUUUCUUGUGUACAUAAUAAACAAAUGCUAGAAAUUCUUCUAUCAAUGCGAUUUUUUUUUUGGUAACAUUUUUCAAAUUUCUUAAUUUGUUUUGGAAGCAAAACUAAUCACAUAAGGGUUUUAAAAACAUUGUCGAAAUUAAAUAGCUGUGGGUCAAAACUAUUGUUAACAUAUAUACAAACCUCUAUUAAAUUUAUUAAUGAACGCAUCGAAACAAUACAUUUCCGAAUCAAUGCGUCCUAACAUUAUAUUUGAUGAAAUCAUUUUGACGUGGCUCGCUACUUAUAAUCCCGUCAUAGUGUUAUUGUUCUGUAUUUUUGUAUUUUUGUAUUUCAUUUUUGCUAAUGUACGUUUUCUGUACAACU